AUGGACAGGGACUGGUUGAAGGCUGAUAGAAGAUCAAGGGAGUUUCAAAAUGGAGUUGAAGAAUUGUUGAUGUUUGCUUUUGAGAAUGGAUGUGAUGAAAAUAAAAUUAGUUGUCCGUGUCUGAAAUGCUGUCAUAGUAAAUCAUGGAAAGCUCGAAUAGUGAGAGAUCAUCUUUUCCAAAAUGGUAUUGAUCCGACGUACAAGUGUUGGAUUUGGCACGUAGAAUUAGAUAUGGGACAAAGUCAGGCGGCUGGUGAAGUGACUGGCAGUUCCGAAUCCGUGGAUCAAAUGCCGAUGAGAGAGGAAAAUGUGGAUGGUGAUGAUGAGUCCAUGGACUCCUCAGAUAUGUUUAACCAUGUUCAAUCUGAACAUGAACCCCUUUAUCCAGGAUGUGAAGGAUUCACUAAAAUGAAGGCUUUAGUAAAGUUAUACUAUCUCAAAGCAAAAUAUCAAUUGUCCGAUGGUGGCUUCUCUGAACUUCUGCUGCUGGUUGCCUCUAUGCUCCCGGAAGGCAACACUUUCCCUUCUUCAUUCAGCGAAGCUAAAAAAAGUUUGUGUGUUUUAGGAAUGGAAUAUGAAAAAAUACAUGUUUGCCCGAAUGAUUGCCUCUUAUACCGUGGAGAGAGAGAGGAAGAUGAGAUGAGGUGCCGCAUUUGUCAAGCCUCUAGAUGGAAGUUAAACAAAAAAGGAGAAGAAUUAGAAGGGGUGCCUGCCAAGGUCUUGUGGUAUUUUCCGUUAAUACCACGUUUGAGGAAUUUGUUUAGUUCACCUAAAACAACAAAGGAUUUGACUUGGUAUGACACUGAGAGAUUAAAAGAUGAUAAGAUGAGACAUCCGGCAGAUUCAAAAACAUGGAAAGAAGUAGAUGCAAAAUGGCCAGAUUUUUCUUCAGAUUCUAGAAACCUCCGUCUUGUUGUCUAUCUAUAA